AUGGCAAACGAUGUUCACGGGUACAAAGAUGAAAGAUUUCGUCACGCCGUUAGCACACAUUUCCACUGUGGUAUUUGCCAGAACGUAUUAAAAGAACCAGUAACCUGUCGGAGAAACGAGCAUUACUUUUGUCGUUGCUGCAUCUGUAAACAUUUGGAAAAUUCGUCGACGUGUCCGACAUGCCAGGAGGAGCUCUCGCAAGAAACUAUCAGUCAAGCACCGCAGAUCUUGCGAAACUGUUUAGACGAGUUGCACAUUCGUUGUGAUUAUGCUGAUAAAGGUUGUCAAGAAAUGGUCCAGCUAGCUCAGCUUCAAAACCAUGUCGACGAAUGUGGUUUUGCACCAGUUUCUUGCUCGAAUGAAGGAUGCUUCGCUGAAGUUCAAAGAAAAGAUUUAAUUGGUCAUCAACAAGGAUUAUGCGAGUUUCGAAAGUGUUAUAAUUGUUCUGAAUUACAGCAUGUUGUUCAUGAAAUCAAUGUGAAUACGAUUUCUGUGAACAAUCAAAUGAAAGAUCUCAACAAUUUAAAAGCUAUAAAUGAAAGCUUAGUCAUGGUUAAAGAGGAAGUCUUCAAAACAAGGAAAGAUACAGUUCAAGUGUUACAUCGUUUGGAAGCUUUAGAGGAGCAAGUUCGAGCUACAAAAGAGAUGCAAGAAGCAAUGAGAGAAGCAGAAAGAUUGACUACAGUUGGUGAGACGUACCAAGCUCAAAAUAUUCUUGUGGCUGGAGGACGUAGAACGGACUUCGGCGAGAUGAAACACGUGGAACUUUUCAAUUUGUAUGGAAUGUCGUGGUCGCCACUGCAGCAAAUGAGGGAGAGUCGCGUUGGAUCAUCUGCAUUCGUGUUUAAUAAUGAAAUCACAAUCGUAGGUGGUAAUACCAAUCAUGGUCCAACUGAAACUCUCACGAAGCUUUCUAUCAGCCCAGAUAUGAAAAGCUCGUCUUGGUCUGAGCUCUCGACGCGACUUCCUGAAAAAUUGUAUGGUCACAGCAGUGUUCUGUGUGAUGGACGUGAUGGAAUUGUUGCUCAUAUCGGUGGAUGCAACAAAAACAAAAAUAUAUCAAGGAACAUUCAUCAACACAGAAUAUCGCCGACUGGGUUUCAGUCUUGGUUACCCACUCCGUUUAUGCCAGAUCCUAGAUGCUUCCACGGAGCACAAGUAUUUGAUAACAAGGUAUUUGUAUUUGGAGGACGUAGCUCAUAUGAACGGAGCCUUGAUAGCGUUAUUUCAUAUGAUUUUAAAGAUGAAGUUACACAGCUGGCAUCCCUCCCUUACCCCAUGAGUGAGAUGGCAACUGUACGUUGGGGUGAUAAUGUCAUUCUUAUUGGCGGUGCAGACCAAAAUGGGAAGCCUUUAUCCACUGUUGUUAUUUACAAUGUCAUUACAGAGAGAUGGUAUAUUUUACCACCAAUGAAUGAGAAGAGAAAAGCGUGUUCUGCAGUUGUUGUUCAGAAUAAGAUUUUCGUCAUGGGAGGACGAACUCAGAACAAUACUUGUCUUCGCUCUGUUGAAUGUUUCAACUUCAACAGUUACUCAUGGCAGAAUAUGCCAGCCAUGAUUACAGCAAGAGAACGAGGUGUGGCAGUUGCCUUCUAG